GGAAGUAGUGUGUUGUAUCAGUGCUGAGCUCCGGCCGGUGUGUUUGAGUAUCUGAAGCCGGGAAAGAUGCCGGAGCUAGCGGUAGAUCGCGUGGUUGUCCACCCGCUGGUACUUCUGAGUGUAGUUGAUCAUUUUAAUAGGAUAGGGAAGGUUGGAAACCAAAAGCGAGUGGUUGGUGUCUUGCUGGGAUCUUGGCACAAGAAAAUAUUAGAUGUCUCCAACAGUUUUGCAGUUCCAUUUGAUGAAGAUGACAAGGAUGAUUCAGUCUGGUUUCUUGAUCAUGACUAUUUGGAGAAUAUGUAUGGAAUGUUCAAAAAAGUAAACGCUCGCGAGCGAAUAGUUGGCUGGUAUCACACUGGGCCAAAACUGCAUAAAAAUGAUAUUGCUAUUAACGAGUUAAUGAAAGGAUAUUGCCCAAAUUCGGUACUGGUGAUCAUAGAUGUUAAACCAAAAGAUCUUGGUCUUCCUACUGAGGCGUAUAUUUCUGUAGAGGAGGUUCAUGAUGAUGGGACACCGACUUCAAAGACUUUUGAACAUGUCACAAGUGAGAUUGGAGCAGAGGAAGCUGAAGAGGUUGGAGUGGAACAUCUACUACGAGACAUCAAGGACACUACAGUAGGGACCUUGUCGCAGCGCAUUACAAAUCAAGUGCAUGGACUGAAGGGGCUUAACUCCAAAUUGCUGGAUAUCAGGAGUUACCUAGAGAAAGUGUCCACAGGGAAACUGCCCAUCAACCACCAAAUCAUUUACCAACUGCAGGAUGUCUUCAACUUGCUCCCAGACGUCAAUCUGCAAGAGUUUGUAAAGGCUUUCUACCUAAAGACUAACGACCAAAUGCUUGUGGUGUACCUGGCUUCACUCAUCCGCUCUGUGGUCGCGCUUCACAAUCUUAUCAACAAUAAGAUCGCCAAUAGGGAUGCGGAGAAAAAGGAAGGUCAGGAAAAGGAGGAGAGCAAGAAAGAUAGAAAAGAAGAGAAAGAAAAGAGCGAAGCGAAAAAAGACGAGAAAAAGGAGAAAAAAUGAAAACCGUCUUAGCAGUGUUUUGUGGGUGGGUAGUGAAAUUAAAGGAGAAUCUUGUAAAACUGAAUUGACGUGUGCUGCUCUGGGUAUCAUUUUUUUUUUUUUUUAGUCCACGAGGAAAAUCUUUCUACUGAAAUUCUUGAACAGGAGUUAAUGGUAGGACUUUACUGGUUGCAUAGUAAAUUUCUAUGUGCUAGUUUUGGGUAGCAAUGCUGGGUCAGUGAAGUGAAGCGAGUUGUUGGAUCUACACAAUAUAUCCGGUGUAGAUAAAUAUUCAAAUAACCUACUUUAAUUUCUCUCCCAGAUAUUUUUUUCUAUUUUAGAAAUAUUAUCAUUGUUUUGGUUUUUUUUGUCGGGAGAGCACUUGGGUAUUAAAGGUGGGGAUGAAAAGCACCUUUUAAUAUCAAUAGGUAUCAAUUUGACAGUAAUAUCACCUUCCCCUAAAAAAAGAUUAAAAAGAUCUGGUUUAUAA